UCAUCGCUGGAACCGGAGCCGUUGCCGCCGGAUCUGCGACCGGAUCUGAUGCCGAAACACGUGGCGGUGAUUAUGGACGGAAACAGGAGGUGGGCCGAGAUGCGGGGGUUGCCGGCGUCGGCGGGUCAUGAGGCCGGCGUACAGUCGAUGAGAAGGACUAUCGAUCAGUGUUGCAGUUGGGGGAUUAAGGUUCUGACGCUUUUAUGGUUUUCUUCUGAUAAUUGGAAUCGCCCAAAGAGAAAAUUACAGUUAUACCCAUCCUUCCCAUUUUCCCUGUGCUCUAUGUCUCUUUCUAAGAUUGGCCCCAAAAAAAUCUCUACAGUGCUUAAACACAUCAAAAUAUCAGUAAUAGGGGACACAUUAAAACUCCCAACCUCUCUGCAAAGAAUGAUAAGCAACGCAGAGGAGAAGACAAAGCAAAACUGUGGAAUGCAACUAAUGGCAGCGAUUAGCUACAGCGGCAAAUACGACGUCAUGCAAGCCUGCAAAACCAUAGCAGGAAAGGUCAAAGACGGCAUCAUGGAGGUAGAAGACAUUAAUGAAGGGCUGAUAGAGCAAGAACUGGAAGCAAGCUGCACCAAGUUUCCCAACCCAGACUUGAUGAUUCGAACCAGUGGCGAACUCAGAGUGAGCAACUUCUUGUUAUGGCAACUUGCUUACACUGAACUUGGCUUUGAUGCUCAUCUCUGGCCUGAUUUUGGCAAGGACCAAUUUGUGGAGGCCUUGUCUUUGUUUCAGCAAAGACACAGGCGCUUUGGUGGAAGACGACAUUGAUCAUUUUUAACUAUAUUUAUUAUCAUGAGCUGUUGUCUAAUUUGG